AUGACGUCUGAGAAGAAAGACAGCUCUACCGUUCCCUUUUCGACCACGCCCUUGGCACUGAAGCUCACGACGACAGCCACAUCCUCGCCAAUGACAUUCAACACGGAAAACGGCUCGACUCUUGCUAACCUGACUUCACCUUCUCCACCGCCGAUGCUCAUGAUGUCAAGCGUUCCUCGGACGGUGACGUUUUACGAGGGAAACAACUCCACCGUUGUCUUUUCUACUUCGCCUUCAACAGAACGGUCGACCGUCAAUGUGACAAACAAGACCUUGCCACCAACGACCACCACACCCACUACAGGCUUGGAUGAAUUUGUCGAGAAGCUCUGUGAGAAUGGAACCUGUGUGAACAAAGAUGGCGGACACAACUGUACCUGCUACCCUGGAUGGACCGGACAAAACUGUCAGCAAGGCUUGGAUGAAUUUGUCGAGAACGUCUGUGAGAAUGGAACCUGUGUGAACAAAGAUGGCGGACACAACUGUACCUGUCGCCCUGGAUGGACCGGAGAAACGUUUCAGCAAGGCUUGGAUGAAUUUGUCAAGAAGCUCUGUGAGAAUGGAACCUGUGUGAGCAAAGAUGGCGGACACAACUGCACCUGCUGCCCUGGAUGGACUGGACAGAAUUCUCAUCAAGACGUGGAUAAGUUUGUCGAGACGCUCUGUGAGAAUGGAACUUGUGUGAGCAAAGAUGGCGGACACAACUGUACGUGCUGCCCUGGGUGGACUGGCUUGGAUGAAUUUGUCAAGAAGCUCUGUGAGAAUGGAACCUGUAUGAGCAAAGAUGGCGAACAAAACUGUACCUCUCGCUCUGGAUGGACCGAACAGAACUGUCAGCAAGACUUGGAUGAAUUUGUCGAGAAGCUCUGUGAGAAUGGAAUCUGUGCGAGCAAAGAUGGCGGACACAACUAUACCUGCCACCCUGGAUUGACUGUACGGAACUGUCAACAAGACCCCUGUGAGAAUGGAACCUGUGUGAGCAAAGAUGACGAAAACAACUGUACCUGCCACCCUGGAUGGAUCGGACAGAACUGUCAGCAAGACGUGGACAAAUGUGCCAUGAAGCUCCGUGAGAAUGGAACCUGUGUGAGUAAAGAUGACAACUGCACCUGCCCAUCCGUAUGGACUGGAAAGAACUGUCAAAAACAUAUAAAUGAGUGUGUCAGUAGACCAUGUAAACAUGGACACUGCGUGGACAAAGAUGGCGGAUACAAUUGCACCUGCUCACAUGGAUGGACUGGACAGAACUGUCAGCAUGACGUGAAUGAGUGUGCAACUAGGAAUCGAUGUCGACAUGGACGCUGUGAGAACAAAGAUGGCGGAUACAAAUGUACCUGCUCACCUGGAUGGACUGGAUUGAACUGUCGGAAAGACAUAAAUGAGUGUACCACCAAGACGCCAUGUCGACAUGGCCACUGUUUGAACAAAUAUGGCGGAUACAAAUGCAUCUGCUCACCUGGAUGGACUGGACAGAACUGUCAGCAUGACAUAGAUGAGUGUACCGCCAGGAAGCCAUGUCGACAUGGAAACUGUUUAAACAAAAAUGGCGGAUACAAAUGCACCUGCUCACCUGGAUGGGCUGGAUAUAACUGUCAGCGUGACAUAAAUGAGUGCACAACCAGGAAUCCAUGUCAACAUGGACGCUGUGUGAACAAACAUGGCGGAUAUAAGUGCACCUGCUCACCUGGAUGGACUGGAAAGAACUGUCAGCAAGAUGUCAAUGAGUGCACCCAGAGACCCUGCAGAAACGGCGGGACCUGUAAGAACAAACGUGCCGGAUACACCUGCUCGUGUUCCCCUGGGUGGACCGGGCACAUCUGCGAGAAACCAAAAACAUGCCCCAAUUGGUGGACUGAAUAUGACGGCAAAUGCUACAAGUUGGAGAAACAAAAAGUCAAGUGGGAACAAGCGAACGCAGAGUGCAAACGCUCACGUGCAAAUCUCGCUUCCGUUCUGAAUCCAGGGGAGAACAAAUUCCUGAAAGGACUCGCGUCUACAGCUCCGGAGGGCAAGAUUCCCCUUGUCUGGAUUGGGCUAUCACGUGAAAGCGGUAAAGACUUUAAAUGGUCAGAUGGGUCACCAUCAGUUUCCUUCGCGAAUUGGGCUCCGGGCGAGCCGGGAUGGGGCGAAAAUUGUGUUGGAAUGUACUUCAAGACCGGCAAAAAUUGGAUCUUUGGAAGAAAGAGAAAGAGAGGAGAGUGGAACGACGAACACUGCUGGUCUCACUAUCCUUACGUUUGUAAGCGUCAAAAAUAGAAAAUAAGCACAAAAUGCGACUUUCUGUCAAUAGAUUAAUCAAGCAAUUAGGUUGAACUGAACGUUAGACGUCUUAUUUCUAGUUUUAUUAUGAUAAGGACUACUGUUGACUUCAACACUAAGAAUAAGAAAAGAACAGUUUCUCUCGAUGAAUCAAGAAAGUAGUUUGGAUUGAAAAGCUAGUGGACUUACUGUAAGUACCACUUUG